AUGAUUUCCAAUACUACAACACUGACAUUUGUUUCCACCGCUGAUGGCUCAUAUGAAGAUUGCUAUGUUUCUGACAACCCAGAACUGAAUGUGUUUCCUUACCUGUACAUAGCUGUCAUCUGUCUCGGCAUCCCUGCCAACCUCUUCUCUCUGUUUGUGUCAUGGCAGCACAUCAGACAAGGAAAUGAACUGGGUGUCUAUUUGUUCAGCUUGGCUCUAUCUGAUUUGCUCUUCAUCAUGGGUCUGCCUGCUUGGGUAGACUUCAUGUUCAAUGAUAAGUGGCGCUUCAGUGGAAAUGCAUGCCUUUUGUGUGUCUUUAUACUAUUUACCAACUUCUACACCAGUGUAGCACUGCUGUGUUGCAUUGCAUUGGACCGUUAUUUGGCUGUGGUCCAUCCACUCAAGUUCCCCUCCCUCAGAAGUCUCCGUACUGCAGUCAGCAUCACCAUAUCUGCAUGGGUGCUAACCAUUGCAUUCAUUUUAAUUACUGUGUCCAGAAAAGAAAUUUAUGAUGAGAAAUAUGACAUUUGCUUGGAUGUGUUUCCUCUGGGCAAAAGAAGAAAGCAGGUGUUCAUAGCUCGAUUUUUUGUGGGGUUCUUUGGGCCUUCAGUUCUGGUCUGGUUCUGCAGUUGGAGAAUUUGCGUGGCGGUCCAGAACAACCAAGCCACAAGAGAUUUAGAGCGCAGACGGGUGCGCAGGCUCAUGGGUGCUGUCCUACUGACUCUCUGGCUCUGUUUUGGUCCCAUCCACAUCACAUUCCUCUUGAGGGCAGUGCUGGAGAAAUGCACUCCUCCAUACUGGCUUUUUUGCCUUUACAAGGUUAGCAAAGCCUUGUCAUGUCUCAACUGCUUGGUAGACCCACUCUUGUACUGCUUUAUCACCAGAGCAGGCCGUAAAAACAUCACUCAGGCCUUCCUCCUCCUCCAGAGAAAAGGGAGGUUUGGAAGCAAUGAGGAGCCACGAACCAGUCAGAACGAGCAGUAUUGUUGCAGUGAAGUGACUGUGUGUAGAUCUCAGACUGAUGUUUGCUGACACCUGAGUGACCUAGAGCAUCAGAUUUUUGUUAACAUUGACGUAAGG